GAACAGAGAGGGCUCUCAGUCUGGGGCGAGAGCGCUCUAGUGAGCGCGGACGGAUGCUUAGGCAGUAGUCCUGGCAGCGGCGGCGGCGGCGGCUGCAGGGGUGGCAGAAGAGAGGAAGGAGGAGGGCCCGAGGGCUCCACACGCUCACACUUUCAAGUUCCCUUAGAGGGAGAGGAGGUGGGGCUGCAGAAAGAGGAGGCCAGGAGCCGUCCAGUCCGUCCCGUCCCAUCUUCCCCUCUUGCUCUUGCUCCCUGCUCCCUGGCUCUGCGAGAGUUGAGGGUUCGGGUAGCCAUACGUGGCAGUGAAGGCAAGAGUGCCAGGAGAGUGGGGAGUGGAGCCAGGGGUGCGGGGGAAGAUGCCCAUCCUGCUGUUCCUCAUAGACACGUCCGCCUCUAUGAACCAGCGCACUGACCUGGGCACCUCCUAUUUGGACAUUGCAAAAGGCGCCGUGGAGUUAUUCUUGAAGCUGCGCGCCCGCGACCCAGCCAGCCGCGGCGACAGGUACAUGCUUGUCACCUACGACGAACCUCCGUACUGCAUCAAGGCUGGUUGGAAGGAAAAUCAUGCAACAUUCAUGAACGAACUAAAAAAUCUUCAGGCUUCUGGACUGACUACUCUUGGUCAGGCUCUAAGAUCCUCAUUUGAUUUGUUAAAUCUCAAUAGAUUAAUAUCUGGAAUAGACAAUUAUGGACAGGGGAGAAAUCCAUUUUUUUUAGACCCGUCUAUUUUAAUUACCAUCACUGAUGGAAAGAAGUUAACAAGCACAGCUGGUGUUCAAGAAGAGCUUCAUCUUCCCUUGAAUUCUCCUCUGCCUGGAAGUGAACUAACCAAAGAACCUUUUCGUUGGGAUCAAAGGUUAUUUGCCCUGGUGUUGCGUUUGCCUGGAGUGGCUUCUACCGAACCAGAGCAACUAGGGAGUGUACCAACUGAUGAAUCGGCCAUCACACAGAUGUGUGAAGUCACGGGAGGUCGCUCCUACUGUGUUAGAACACAAAGAAUGUUGAACCAGUGUUUAGAAUCUUUAGUUCAAAAAGUUCAGAGUGGUGUAGUUAUUAAUUUUGAAAAAACAGGACCAGAUCCACUUCCUCUUGGAGAAGAUGGACUUAUGGAUUCAUCUAGGCCAAGCAAUUCAUUUGGUUCUCAACCAUGGCAUAGUUGUCAUAAACUCAUUUACGUACGGCCUAACUCUAAAACUGGUGUUCCUGUUGGACAUUGGCCAAUUCCAGAAUCCUUUUGGCCUGAUCAGAAUUUACCUUCACUACCUCCACGAACAUCUCAUCCUGUUGUGAGGUUCUCCUGUGUAGAUUGUGAGCCAAUGGUAAUAGAUAAACUACCCUUUGACAAAUAUGAACUUGAACCUUCACCCUUAACUCAGUACAUCUUGGAACGAAAGUCUCCCCAUACCUGCUGGCAGGUAUUUGUUACUAGCAGUGGAAAAUACAAUGAACUUGGGUUUCCAUUUGGUUAUUUAAAAGCCAGUACAACUUUAACUUGUGUAAACCUCUUUGUGAUGCCUUACAACUAUCCAGUUUUACUUCCUCUUUUAGAUGACUUGUUUAAAGUUCACAAGCUUAAGCCAAAUCUGAAGUGGCGACAGGCUUUUGACAGCUACUUAAAAACUCUGCCGCCGUACUACUUAUUACCAUUAAAGAAAGCACUAAGGAUGAUGGGAGCUCCAAAUCUGAUAUCAGAUAAUUUAGAUUGUGGACUUAGUUACAGUGUUAUCUCUUACCUUAAAAAACUCAGCCAACAGACCAAACUAGAGUCAGAACGAAUACUAGCAUCAGUGGGGAAGAAACCUCCCCAGGAAAUUGGAAUCAGAGUGAAAAAUCAUUCUGGAGGUGGUGUGCCCUUGACUCACAAUAAAAAUGUUAGAAAACUAUUGAAAGAAAUUACAGGGGAAACUGCACCAAGACUGACAGAAUUUAAUACCAAAGAAUUUGCUGGCUUCCAAGUAGGGCUUUUAAAUAAGGAUUUGAAACCUCAGACAUAUAGAAAUGCAUAUGAUAUUCCACGUAGAGACCUUUUAGACCAGUUAACCAGAAUGAGAUCUAAUCUGCUGAAAGUGCACAAGUUUAUAGUUGGACAAGAUGAAGAUGCCCUUCACAGUGUUCCAGUUGCACAAAUGGGUAACUACCAGGAAUAUCUGAAGACACUGACCUCUCCACUACGAGAGAUUGACCCAGAUCAGCCAAAAAGACUGCACACUUUUGGCAAUCCAUUUAAACAAGAUAAGAAGGGAAUGAUGAUUGAUGAAGCAGAUGAGUUUGUAGCAGGACCACAAAACAAAGUGAAACGUCCUGGCGAACUCAAUAAUCCUAUGUCAUCUAAGAGAAGGCGGAGUAUGUCCCUGCUGUUGAGGAAACCACAGAUUCUAGCUACUGUAACUAACCAUGUGGGCGGAAAGGAACCACCCGCAGCCUCCUGGUUCCCAUCUUAUCCAAACCUCCUAAAACCCACUCCUGUACAUCCAGAUAUUACUGUUGCUCACAAUACCCACGAGAAGAUGGAAAAUGGUCAAAUCCCUCCUGCUGGCUCUUUACCAAAAUCUGCUCUGCCAGAGCUAAUGAGUGUGGCAGGUGAUGGUUUUCCACCCGGCCCAUUGCAUUCUCUGUCUGAUGACCUCCCUCAUCCCAGUAAAGAGGGAAUGAUGCACAUGCCUGCUGGUAACGCACUUGUAGGAGGAGCCAAAAGCUACAAUCUUUGUAUAGAUGACCAAAAAGUCACUUUACCAUCGGCUUUUGAAACUGUGUCAAAUACAGUACAAAUAACUCCUGCUAUGGCGCAAGGAAUUAAUGCUGAUAUAAAACAUCAGUUAAUGAAGGAAGUUCGAAAGUUUGGGCGAAAGUAUGAAAGAAUUUUCAUUUUGCUUGAAGAAGUGCAAGGACCUCUGGAGAUGAAGAAACAGUUUGUUGAAUUUACCAUCAAGGAAGCUGCAAGGUUUAAAAGACGGGUCUUAAUUCAGUACCUUGAGAAAGUACUUGAGAAAAUAGAUUCCUACCACCUUCUCAACAAUGUUAACCACAUCAACAGCCGAUCAUCAUGUUAAUGCAAAGAUUGAUGAGAAAAGGGGACUCUGUGUCGUAGGAUGAAAUGGGAUACAUGGAAGCCUCCUGGAUCAUUUGAGUCAGGACAGUUGCCUUAUAGAGGCAACAAAAAUGGAGGAUUUUAAAAUUUUAUUAUUAUUUGGCAGUAAAAGCUAGGCUUUUACAUUAAGAAUAUUCUUUGAGAGAAUUAUUUUUUGUUUUGUUUUUUGGUUCUUUUCCCACUGAAGAAGGUGACGUUAUAUAGUAAGCUAAAUUUGGUAAUCACUGUUGCCCCUACCACAGGUAAUAAGGAGUCACUCAUUUGAAUUUUACUAUCCCAGGCAUUUUCAGAGUGACUAGGGGCCCCCUAGAGGUGGAGCACUAUUUGAUGCUGUUACAAUGUCCUUUAGAGAGAAUAGAUGUAGAGAAUUGUAGUGGUAAUCUUGUAUGUGCUGAACAAAGUUUUCAGUAAUUCCUAGCUGUGCCUUUUAAGUCAUGCAAUAUUCAGAAUAGUUUCAAUCAAAGAGUAAAAAGCUGCUAUCCAGGUAACUUAUUUCCCUGUGGGUAGGGACAGAGAGAGUCACCAAGCAAUCUACCUCCAACUCUCUUCUAUUUUGUCUAAGACCUUACAAAGUGCACUUGAGGCUGCCCCAACCUCUGACAAAUUGUUCUUGCAUGUGACAACAGAAAGUCUUCAGGUGGACUUGUACAUUCUGUGCUUUGGAAGCAAUAAAAGAAAAAAUAAUGUGUAUAUUUCCUUUAAUGUUUAUACUAAAGUUUAUAUGGAACAGUAUUGUUAUGUUUGUAUUAAUUUGGAAAAAUUUAAC